AUGUCCACGAUUUCAAAACCAGGAUUAACAACAAAAAUGCAUAAUAUCCUAUAUUCUUGAUCGCAUUAUGGAUGGAUUACAUGCCAUGUUUUUUUAUUAUCGUGAAUGCCUUUAUAGAGCUCCGUUUCCUUGAAGUCUCGCGCGCAUGCGCUUUGAGCCCCUCCUAUUUUAUAAAAAAAAAAAAAGAAGACUAAAAUGGCUGCCUUUCUCAUUUAAACCUCUGUCCUAGAAGAAUAAAUAAACAUGAAAUACCCGGCGCAUAGUGUAAUUCAGCAUGAAGUCAAUAUCCAUGGUAUAUAGGGCGUAGAAUGCAUCCGUUUUUAUCAUAAUGUUGUGGCUGUCAAGAAUGGAAAAUCUAUCCGCUUCAUAUUUAACCCUUUGCAUUCCAUGAUCCGCCUACAAAUGAGAAAAUGAUGCACCAAGUCACUAGCAGCAGCAAUGACUAUUGCAUGAGUGGCCUCGCAGAGGAAUGUCAACACCCAACCAGCCACUUCGACUUAUGUAGCUCGCAAUCCAACAAAUUCUACCCUUCGCCCCCACCCCCUACUCUACAGCUGCCUCUCCCUAACCUACCCCCUCUGCCACAUGGCAUGCACAAGCCCAUGCCCUGUCAAAUGCAGCAAGAGACCCAGAAUGAGUUCAACCCUCAGACAGUGAGGAUCCGAGGGGCCAGUGAGGCUCCAACUGGGCCAGAGAGCUCCAAGAAGAAGAAAGGAAGCGUCGUCAAAUCCGGCCGCCGAGGGAGACCCUCGGGGACGACUAAGUCAGCCGGUUACCGGACAAGCACCGGACGUCCGUUGGGGACCACGAAAGCUGCGGGGUUCAAGACCAGUCCCGGCAGGCCCCUGGGUACGACCAAAGCGGCGGGCUACAAGGUUAGCCCUGGCAGGCCUCCUGGUAGCAUCAAGACUCUGGCUCGGCUCAAGAAACUGGAGUACGGGAGCUGUGACGGUACCAAGAAACUAGACUUCAGUAACUGCGGCGGCGGAGCCAAGAAACUGGACUAUGCCAGUUGCGAAGUGGGCCCUUUCCCUUACACCAUGAUGCAGAAACGAGGCUUGUGUGAGCCAACUGGCAAAGUGGAGGAAACUAACGAGUAGUUCUGCCUGCAUCUCUAUCUACUGCCUGGAACUCAAAUUUGAGUGCUUGUCCUAAAGGAUGUAGAUGACCAGCAGGGACUUGUGUAGCCAAAAUGUGGGUUGACUUUUGGAUAUGUCUGGACAUGGCUACCUACGAAUGGCUCCUCCUCUCUUCAAUGUAUUGUGCUAAUAUCGUCACCAUUUAUUCUGUACCCUAUCCAAAGACUGAAAUCGCUCUCUUUUUUUUUUUUCCCCAAUAAGUAUUUUAUCUUCUUUUUACAGAGAUUGCAUGAUGAGGCAUAUAAUAAAUACAAUCAGUAUACUUUAGCUAAACAGGAAUGAGAGAAAUAGCUUAUUAUUCGUCUUAAUCUGUUGAAAUGCUCGCUGUCUGGAGAAGGGUUGAUGUUUUGUUCAAAUGUUUAAAUAUGUGAUCUGUUUUAUUCAUCAGUUUAUUUUAUUCUCUGAUAUAAAUGUGCUUUAUUAUUAGAAGUCUUCCUGUCCUUUUGAUGUUUUCCACAUUGAAAAAUGCAUCUGAGUAGAAAACAACACAAAACACAGUAGCAAAACAUGAAUCUUAAGCUUCUCCCAGAGUGCAUGUGGCUGUGUCUUGUGUUGUCUGGUAUGACAUGUAUUUCAUUUGUAUUUACACGCAAAUCCGGCCGUAGAGGGAGACCCUCGGGGACGACUAAGUGAGCAUUAUGAGACACGGGACUGGAUUCAAUGUGAUAUAAUAUUGUUAUAACACAUUUUUUUUUUGUUGUCAUUUUCGCUUGAACUGACACGAACACAAGUGCAUCUGAAAACCUCUCAUGAUACUUAUUUGACGACAUAGCAAUUGUUAUUUCUAACACUUUGUGAAUAUUAAUGGUUUUGUCUUCUCAAUGUAAUGUAUUAUCCUUUAUUCUUUGUUCUCACAAGGUAACUAUCACUUGAUAAAAGCAAACCCAGAAUGAAAUGUUGUUCUCACAAGGUAACUAUCACUUGAUAAAAGCAAACCCAGAAUGAAAUGUUGUAGGAGCUGUCAUUUUAACCAACAGAUUAAAUGCUAUGUGGUGGAGUAUGUGUAACAAUAUUGUAUUGUAUGUAUGACCAAAAAAAAUAAUAAAAUGAAAUGGUCAUUCCAAAAUGA